GCUGCCCAAAUCCUCACAGGCAGCUCAUCAACGCAACUGCAACUCCGGCUGGAGCCCUGGACCUGCAAGCCUGGGUGUCCGUGGGUCCGUCUGCCCGGCCAUCUGCGGGUGGCACCUCUCCCUCCUGCCGCUUCCCUUGGUGAACCCCACCUUGCAGAAGUGCAGCUCGCCCAGAGGAGUCCAGGAGCUCAGCAUGCAUCCCCCAGGCUUCAGGAGCUUCUUGCUGCUGGCGUCCUCCCUUCUCUUUGCUGGGUUGUCAGCUGUUCCUCAAAGCUUCUCGCCAUCUCUGAGGAGCUGGCCGGGCGCCGCCUGCAGGCUGUCCCGGGCCGAGUCAGAGCGCCGCUGCCGCGCACCUGGGCAGCCUCCGGGGGCCGCGCUGUGCCACGGCCGGGGCCGCUGCGACUGCGGCGUCUGCAUCUGCCAUGUGACUGAGCCGGGCAUGUUCUUCGGGCCCCUGUGUGAAUGCCACGAAUGGGUGUGCGAGACCUACGACGGGAGCACCUGUGCAGGCCAUGGUAAGUGUGACUGUGGCAAGUGCAAGUGUGACCAGGGAUGGUAUGGGGAUGCUUGCCAGUACCCAACUCACUGUGACUUGACAAAGAAGAAAAGUAACCAAAUGUGCAAGAAUUCACAAGACAUCAUCUGCUCUAAUGCAGGUACAUGUCACUGUGGCAGGUGUAAGUGUGAUAAUUCAGAUGGAAGUGGACUUGUGUAUGGUAAAUUUUGUGAGUGUGACGAUAGAGAAUGCAUAGAUGAUGAAACAGAAGAAAUAUGUGGAGGCCAUGGGAAGUGUUACUGUGGAAACUGCUACUGCAAGGCUGGUUGGCAUGGAGAUAAAUGUGAAUUCCAGUGCGAUAUCACCCCCUGGGAAAGCAAGCGAAGAUGCACAUCUCCAGAUGGCAAAAUCUGCAGUAACAGAGGGACUUGUGUAUGUGGUGAAUGUACCUGUCACGAUGUUGAUCCAACUGGGGACUGGGGAGAUAUUCAUGGGGACACCUGUGAGUGCGAUGAAAGGGACUGUAGAGCUGUCUAUGACCGAUAUUCUGAUGACUUCUGUUCAGGUCAUGGACAGUGUAAUUGCGGACGAUGUGACUGCAAAGCAGGCUGGUACGGGAAGAAGUGUGAGCACCCACAGUCCUGCGCUCUGUCGGCUGAGGAGAGCAUCAGGAAGUGCCAGGGAAGCUCUGAUCUGCCUUGCUCUGGGAGGGGUAAAUGUGAAUGUGGCAAAUGCACCUGCUACCCUCCAGGAGAUCGCCGGGUGUAUGGCAAGACCUGUGAGUGUGAUGAUCGCCGCUGUGAAGACCUCGAUGGUGUGGUCUGUGGAGGCCAUGGCACAUGUUCCUGUGGUCGCUGCGUUUGUGAGAGAGGAUGGUUUGGAAAGCUCUGCCAACAUCCGCGGAAGUGUAACAUGACGGAAGAACAAAGCAAGAAUCUGUGUGAAUCAGCAGAUGGCAUAUUGUGCUCGGGGAAGGGUUCUUGUCAUUGUGGGAAGUGCAUUUGUUCUGCUGAAGAAUGGUAUAUUUCUGGGGAAUUCUGUGACUGUGAUGACAGAGACUGCGACAAACAUGAUGGUCUCAUUUGUACAGGGAAUGGAAUCUGUAGCUGUGGAAACUGUGAAUGCUGGGAUGGAUGGAAUGGAAAUGCAUGUGAAAUCUGGCUUGGCUCAGAAUAUCCUUAACAAUUACAUGAGAGAGGAUACCUUACUGGAAACCUGGGGUCAUGCAAAGAAGUCAAGAAGAGAAAUACUGUGAUAAAAUGGCACCAAUCUCAGAAGCUCACAAAGGACCAAAAAAAAAAAAAAAUCUAGAAAUGGUUUAAAUAGAAAUUACAAAUAUUCACUCAGUGAUAGGAACAAAAUGUUUAUUUUCUUUAUGGUGAAACUUUGCUUUGUAUGAAAUUCACAUUGAAUUAUGAAAGUGUACAAUAAUUGGGACUUCCCUUACAUAUUUACAGGUAAAUCUACUUAUACACAUUAGUUUAGGCAACCUGUAAUUAUUUAGAGCUAAAAAAACCACUUUUUUUCUAAAGGUGAAUUAUUUUGUAAAAUCCUAGAAUAAUGUAGCAAAAUCAUUUCCGUAUUACUUUAAAAUGAAAAUUUUUACUUGGAAAUUUUAUUUUAAUGAUGUAAAUAUUCUAGAGUCAUGGCUUAAACUUUAUAAGUCAAAUUUCCAAAAAUAAGGAAAAUAUGCAUUCACUGAGUUACUUAAAAAUUUAAUAUUGAAAAUUAUUUUAAGAGAACAUUUAACUGAUGCUGAGUUUUAUAGUCCUAACAAUGUUCUCAUAAUGUAAUAGAUUUAUAAAAUUGUUAUCUCUAUCCUGAGAUUAAGGAGUGCAACCAUAUUGUAGUUCUAUUAUUAUGUAAAUUGAUAUAUCUUUUUUGUAAAAUGAGGGAAAUAUAAGUAGUCAAUAAAUAAUGUAGGUUAUAUUCAUUCUUCUUCACUACCUAAACAUUUUAAGCUGCAAACAACCUAUUAUUAUUGUUUUGUAGCAAUUUUGAUGACGUAUUUGCUGAUGCACAGACAUUGGAAUUCAUUACAUUAUCUAGCCAUCGUAAUACAAAUGACCUUUGGAUUUCCCUACCACAGCGGUUAUCCUCCUGUCAAGGACCAGAAAGUUAAACUUUAUGGACCACAUACAUCCCUGCCUCAUAUUCUUCUUUGUUGGUUUCUGUUUAAUACUUUAAAGCUGUAAAAAAAUAAUAAUUCCUUCUGAGCUCCCAGGCCGUACAAAAACAAAUUAAGGGUGGAUUUGGCUAGCGGCUGGGCAGUACUUUGUCAGCCUCAGCGCCACUGGAACUGCCCCUGAUUGUCUACGGCUCAUCAGAAAACCUCAGGUGUGUCUUGUUUUUCUUAUAAUCCUCUGUAUGUUAUUAUCCUUUUUAUUAACAACUACAACAAAAGUGCUGCUCUUUUUCAUAGUCUCAUGUAAGAAGAGUGUCAAAAAUGUCCUCAGCAUUUGUUUUCUCAGAAAAAGAAUUAGAUAUUGGGAAAUUAUCAUACCAUAAAGUUCAAAAUGUGACUCAUCUAAAAUUUUGGACAAAGAUGAAAAUAUAGUCAGCUCUGUUCUAGUGUUCAUUUAGUUAGAAACCAUAGUACUGGAACUGUAUUAUAGUGUAAGUUUCAUGGUACCUAAACUCUAAGGAAUGCUUUUUCUUUGAAAACAGAAUUAUUUUAUUUUUACUUAUUUCUAUCCCCUAUGUUUAUUUGUGUGUGUGUGUGUGUGUGUAUGUGUGGUUUUGAUGUCAGCAAUGCAAACACCAAUAUAUCUAUUAAGAAGUGAUUGAAUUUAGAUUGGAAAAAAUAAAAUAGUUACAUGUAAAGACA